GGCAGAUGGAUGUGAAGUAAAGUGGAAGCAGCAGUCUGAAAAACAGGGAGUGCAAUUUUUUCCUCUGAUUACCCACAGUCAAAUUUGGAUGUAAAAAAUAAACUCGAAUUAUUUCCGAUUCCGGGACCGCAAGCUGUCCCAAUUAGUUGCAAAAGUUGUCUCCAGUUGUGCCCCGUGCGUUGUUGCAAGUGAAAAUUGUGCAAAAUGUUUGCUUGAGGCGGAAAACUAGGCAAACUAAAAACUUUCGCUCAAAGAAAUUGAUAUGCCCGACAAAGAUCAUGCACCAAAGUCGAUCGAUAUUUUGACAAAGUGAGGGAGUUGUCCUACUUUUAAGUGCUGGUACCUUGUUGAAGGCGGCUGACUGCCUUCGAGCGAAAAAAAGGAAAACACGUACCAGUCGAGAUUGCGAUGAGAUUCAACAAACAGGAACUGAUUACUUUAGCCAGACAACCGAGCAACAAGUUCGACAAGGAGGGACCCCUGUAUGUAACCGAAAAGCAGGAGGGAUUCUUCAGGAAGACUGAAGACGAAGAGGCCAAUAACAGCAACCACUCCGGGGGAAGUAAGAAUCAUCCAAAGCGCAAUAAAUCGCUCAGUUGCAUUGGUGGGACCACGAAAGUAAGUCUCGAAAAGUGGUGCCGACUGCGCGGGAACCUGCUGUUCUACUUCAAAGGCAACGACCCGUUCUCGGAACCACAGGGAUGCAUCGUACUGGAAAAGUACCGCUGCGUUAGACACAGCGAUCAGAAGGAGUUCGACGGAUACGUGUUCUUCCUCGAAUUCGAGGACGGUUUGAGACAGCGUUUCGCCACCAACACCGACCAGGAACGACUGGAAUGGAUGCAGUCGAUCGGCCUAGCCGGUUACGACGUCAAACGUGCACAGCUGAAAUACCUGCGGGAGCAGAUCGAUAAGAAACGUGGCUUGGUCCACGACGUAGACGUGGACAUGUUGCGUCUACAGACCGGCAAGGAGAUAGAUCUCGCCGAAAUUCCGAUCUGUGAAUCGGUCAUCUCCUGCGAUAAUCUGUUGUGCGACGGUAACGGCAAGCCACCGAAUCCGUCGGUCGUCGUUCAGGUUACAUCGAACAGCCGAGCCGCCAGCAGCGGCGGUUGGGUAAAGUACGGCCGUACCGAAGUGAUCGAACGAAGCUCCAAUCCGCAGUUCAUUUGUACCAUUACGUUUCGCACCGGGGACGGGUUGAAUGCGAAAUCGCUGAUUCGAUUUACGGCGUACGACGUGCGGGAGAAGGUAACACAGACGGCCGUACCGAUUGGAUGGGCUGAGGUGGCUCUCGGGGUUAUUACCGAUACGUCUCGGUUGAGGAUUCCACUGCGGGGGCAAAGCACCUGCGGAUCUAAUGCUGGCUUCAUUACGAUUGCCAGCUGUGCACCGGAUUUGGAGCGAAGGACUCCACGGUCACCGGCUAAAACGGGGGGAUUGGAUCAGCAGCAGCAGCAUCAGUACCAGCAGGCUAUCGGACACCGGAGGUCACAGUCGCUGCCGCCGAAGCUGGGGGUUAAGUUGUUUAUUCCGCCGCCUUCGAAAGUGUCGGUGGUGUUUAUUAAUCCCAGUAUCCAUACGUAUCGGCUGCACUCCGGACUAGGCGGUGACAUCAGCGUCCAGGAGCUUAUGCUCGAAAGUCAGCUAUGCUACAUCAUUCCUCAACAGCUGCUCUCCAUCUGGAUCGCCCGGGAAAAGGAACUCCUACAGGAGAUCUCCGGUAUGGGUGAACUGGGCGGCGAAUGGCGCAACCGCCAAAUGGAACUGCUCGACAAACACCUGAAACUGCUGAAAGACUACUCACAGGCGAAGCAAUUUCUAAUGCAGCAACAACAGCAGGGUAAGUACUUCAAGGCGAGCAGCAAGAAAAAGGACGAAACGCUCGAGUUCGCACCGGUUAAUCUGCACCUGCAGCGAAUGUGGGCUCACAAUGAUACACUGAAGCGGGCCGGGAUCCUGGACGUUAUCACCGUGGGGGCCUUCACGCGACAUUCGGGCAAAUCGAAAACCGGUGGAUUGAUCAAAUUGAUGCAGCAGAUCAUGGAUUCCUCCGCCAAGGAUAACGGGGUCAGUCAACGGGUAGCAGCGGCGAACGACGCCGUACAAGCCAUCAAACAACUCCGGAAAGAGAUUGUAGAAAUAAUGUCCCAGCUACUGUAUUUGGCCAAAUCAAAAAAUCCCAAAGGGAUGCUUCCUCUGUGCAAUGAAAUGAUGACCAAAACACGUUCGUUACUAAACAUCUGGGAACCCACGAUGGUAGAGGAAGCUUUCAGCUUCAUCGAACGAAACCGAAUAGUCGAUGAACAGACCCUAGCCGUUGAAGGUCUCGCUGGCGGAACCCCCGGUCAUUCCAUCCCAAUGUCUCCCUUCAGAAAGAUUACCCAACAGCUAGGGGCACUCGAUUUGAAAAGUCCUGAGCUGGAAGAUUUUGCCACUCCGAUGGGACCGGCUCCGGAUCUGUGGCCUCAGGUACGAACCAGCAAAUCCGGAGUUUUAGGAGCUUUCGGCACCACCACAAAAUCCAAGUCGCCUUCGGCGCUAGACAUCAACGCCAUUGCGACCAUCCAAAGCACCUACAAUCAGAUGAACAACAGCAAAUCGAAAGAGUAUCUAAUGUCCUGCUCACUUCCGGCAGCCUGUUACCUUCCAUUGGACACCCCAACGGAAUCUAAAUCUAGCAAGGCGUCCCCCUCGGAAACCCCUUCAGGGGACCUCAAAUUCAGUGAAACCCACUUCGACGUUAACGGAGAAGUUACCAGUUCCGCACUCGAAACAGACCCUCCCCUCAAAUCCCCCGAGGUGGAAAAAGCCGAAGAAGCUAUCCCGGAAGCAAUGACCCAUUCCUCGCUGUCCGCCAAUCAACUGCUGGAGAACAAAACCGAACUGCUGUCGAAUGUGUACGACGAGAAAGGGUAUCUCAUUGAAAACACCGCCAUCGUCCUGGGGCACAACGGAGCCUUUCUGGACACGAAAGCGAUGAGUUCAAGCCCAUCGGCCAACUACUAUCGGCCGACGGAGGAACCGGAACCGUUGGAUUUGACGCAGCUCAACAUCGAAGCCAGUGUGAUGUGUUUGGUUAGUAAGGUGAAGUUUCUGUGCGGUCGUUGUGGGAGUCCAGCCGUACGAUUGCGGCAACCGAAAGGAAGCUCGACCGUCAAGCCUUGUCGUGUCCCGUUCGGUGGAAUUCCACCGGAUGUCGUCACCAGUCAGCCACUAUCCUUACCCUGCUCUAGCGAGGAACAGGAAAUACCCGAAUCCUCGUCAGCGGCUAGUUUAAGUGGCAUUCUACCGAAAGAUCUGCUUCCGGGGCCGUCGGGGAAACCUCCUCUUUGCAGUAAAGAUCUGAAUCUUGCGCUAACCCAAGCGGUCGGUGAGGUAACGCGAAAGGUCAAGAAGGGUAAUAAAUUCACGGACGGUUUGGAUCUUUCGCUGACCACCGAUUGGGCCUCUGAACUGCGGCCAUCGAUGAAGAAACUACGGCAAGCUAUGGAUGGCUUGCUGAAGACGGCUCGUCUCAUGCAUUCCGUUCAACGGUUGCAGCAGGAUAUGAAGAAAACGUCCUCAGUGCUGACCGUUAUGUACCGGAGGGACGUAUGUUUCUCACAAGCUCUGACAGCUCUGGUGUCAUCGCUAAUGGCGAAACUGUGGGGACAGAAUGUAACCGAGAACUACAUCAGUUUGUUAUGCAGUUUGGGUCCGUUGGCUUGCUUCGAGGGACUGCUGUCACUGUACGGAAGCGAGACGGAUAUGUGGGGUGAUAUGAGUGUUGCAAUCGAAGAUCUUGCCUCGGUUCGCUUCACGUUGGUUCGGAGUAACAUCCAGCGGGAUUCGAAGGCGGUUCCCGUGCCGAGGGUGACCGGUUCGAGACAGGCGCUGCUAGUUUUGCUACCCGUUCCGGAGUCGGUGUUCUGUCAUCUACCCACGAAGGAAACUGUGAAUUUUAAGAUAACUCCAGUUUUCUUCAACAUCGGCAUCAACGAGAAGGCAACGCUAGCGGAAACGCUUGGUUACACCAAGGAACAGCAUCGAUCCAACUGGGACAACUAUGACCGGCUGAAGCAGUACCACAUCCGCUACAAAAAGAUCCCAUUUAAUUUCGUCAAUCCGUCGUGUUCGGCAGCGUUGGAUACUCCGACGAAAACGGUCAUGGCAACCGCUCAGCAGAAGGAGGUACUGGUUCCGGAGCAUGCCGUAGUGGCGCUGCUGAACGAGAUGGAGGAACAGUUGAGGACGAACUGUUCGAAAAACUAUCGGGUUCUUACGUUGGCCGAGGAUAUCACGCGGGCGAUGCAGGGUUUGCGGUUUACCUCGUGCAAAAGUGCCAAAGAUCGGACCUCGAUGGCGGUGACGAUGGAGCAGUGCCGGGUGCUGCAGCAGGAGUUCCAUCUGUCCGCUGGGAACGUGCAGAAUGUGUUGGAUACGAUGAGGAGCGAAGGAACCCGCUCGGACAAUACCAUGAAGAACAUCGGUCUCCGGAAGUACGCCUUCAACUUGCCGCAAGUGCUGUCACUACCGCAAGCUUAUCGACCCCCGGCGGGAGCCUACGGGAAGGUUCAAUCGUAAAGCCUUUCGAUCAAUUUUCACCAGAGGAACCCCCAGUACCCAUCCGAGUUUAACAUUUUUUUUUGUUUGUAAACAUAAUCGUUUAGUGUUUUAGUUACAUGAGGCUAGGAUCUAGUUUGUUUUAUAUUUAGGCCUUUCUCAUACAGAAAAAAAAAUCUAUUUUUCUCACUGGACGACGGAAACAGUAUUUUACGCGAAACUGAAAAUUAAGUUCUAUUUUUUCCGGUUGAACUGGCAUGGGUUGAUAUGAGAGAGGCACAAUCACGUCGAUUUGUAGGUUAAGACUGGCUUUUGUUAAAUUAAGUACCAAUUGUUGUUGAUGUUUAUAAAAGUUUUUGCCUAUUUAUUAUUAAACUAGUAUUACACAGCGGAGGAAACGUAAUUCCCUACGGUUGAAGAUUCUUCUUUGGUUAUCUCUGCACUAACAAUACCGAAACGAGAUUGGCUAUAGGUUUCAUGUACUACGUGUUGGGUUUUAACCAAUGAUGCACGAGAAUUAACAAGACUUAACAUUACUAUACUCAUAGAGAACCUGUAACACUAAUAAUUAGUUGUUUGUGACAAAUAACCACUUUGCUCCAUUUCCUAAAAUUGUUUCAUUGUUUUCGUUUUAUUGGUAUUUCUUACAAGCGAUCAGAAAUUUGAUUGCUUGGGAUGGAUUAAAAAUAAAAUCUGGUCGAUUAGUAGUUUCCCUGUAGAUUUUUCGUAUAACCGUUUUGUUUCGGAAAAAUAUUUAUAUGACAAAAAGAUAGUAGAUUGGGCUAGUAAUGCCCCUGAGGCAUAUAACCGUACUUAAUUUUUCUAAAAGCAACUUUAACAUUUCUGGAUCAACAUGAGCAGAUAUCGCAACGUAAACUUCAGAUCAGUUGCUAGUCGAAAAAGAAGAAUAUGUUUCAAGUAAACUUGAGAGCAAUAAAACGUAUUGAUUAAUUUUCAAGCGAAUAGAUUAGAACUGGACGGUUUAAUUUUACGUUAGGAAUAUUAUAUUUUUCCUAUUUCUCAUGUUGAUAUGUUUUAUUCUGUAAGGUAAACCAACCUAUUCUAAUCAAACAGUUUCACUAUACUCAUCUAUAACGAACAGGGAAUUUUCAUUCGAAUCUUACUCAUAUAACUGUUUCACCGUUUCUACUAAUGGACUUAAACGAAAACACAUCAACUAACUAAAUAAAACUGAUAGACUUCUAGGUAUAACCAACCAGAUACAUGUAGCUAAACCAUUGUUCCAAUUCCACUAUUCAUCAGCGGCACGUCGUUACAAGCGAUUGAAUUGUUUAAGCGACCGACAAAAGUUCAGUUUUCUACUCCUCUCGAAAAAUGUGCCAAAUUAUGUUCAGCUUAGAAUCGGUAUCUUAAAGUAGACUAACAAACAGUUUUAGGAAGGUAGUUAUUUGUUAGCAAUUAUCCGUUAAAAGAAAAUAAAAAUCAAACGCACAGCGCAUGUUCGGCUUGACCCUUAUCUUUAAAAUUCGGAUAGAUAGACGAUCAGCAGAAAAUUUUUGUAAUCGGAGAGAUCCGUUCAAGAAAAAGAAGCAAUUGCUAACAGGGCACGGGAACGGUUCCCGGUUGCACAGUGUUUAAAACCAAAGAAGGCAUAAUUUAUACGGACACCGAUUGACCUAUCUUGCCCUGAGCAAAAAGUGCGGAAUUUUUCCCCCAAUUCAUUUAUACGAUUAACACUAAUAAAGUAACAGUUGAGGGUACAGCGUCGAAGGACGGAUUAACAUCGUUGGAUUAAUCGAAAUAAUUAACAAAUAUGAAAGUUCGUAACUA